GUUCACACCUAGAGUCCACCAUUGUGAGGUUGGAUGGGUGGUCGGUCGCCCAUGGAAGGGGAGUUUCCUGGGGAAAAAGAAAAGUUCUGCAAGGUUAAUAUUCUUCUUCAUUCACCGGGCAUUUGGAACUGUAAUGAAGACAGAGGCUUCCUAGAUUACGCUUUACCACGCCUUCUAUUACAAAUGGCUGCAAUUUUCAUCAUCACUCAAUCUCUUCAUGUAUUGCUUAAGCGCAUUCACUUUCCUAGGAUUGUUCCUGAGUUUCUGGCUGGUGUGAUAUUAGGGCCAACUAUUCUGCCACGGAUCAACCUAAAUUUUGCUAAGGCACUUUUUCCACCGGAAGGAGAAGUUUUCCUCGACGGGUUAUCAAGAAUUGGCUACAUUUUCUUUAUGUUCCUGAUUGGAGUGAAGAUGGAGCCGAGCAUGGUGUGGAAAAGUGGAAAGAAAGCCUGGAUUAUAGGGCUUUCUUCAGUCGUACUUCCGACAAUUAUAGUCAUGGGCAUAUCUGAAGCAUUUGAUCAAGUGAUGCCACUUAUGAAAAUACCGGCUGCUACAGCUGUAGUAGCAAUACAAACGUUAACUCCAUUCCCUGUCAUUGCUUGCUUUGUCAUUGACUUAAAAAUUAUGAACUCUGAGCUUGGCCGCCUUGCUUUGGCAUCAACGUUGAUCAGUGAUUUAGUAAGUACCGGGAUAUCAACUAUUCUAGCUAACCUGAGAAUUAGACAGAUAGGUUUUGGGACUGCAAAUGUGAUACAUUCUUUUUUCCUAGCCACUGCUUUGCUAUUGAUUAUCAUUUUUAUCAUGCGGCCAAUAUUGUUAUGGAUCAUCAAACAGACACCCGAAGGUAAACCAGUGAAGGGAGUUCACAUCACUUCCAUUUCUUUCUUGGUUCUGGCAAUGGCCAUAAUCAGUGAUAAUGUGGGGCUUCAGUACCACUUCGGUCCUUUCAUACUUGGAUUAUGUGUUCCAUCUGGGCCACCUUUGGGGUCAACACUGGUAGAUAGGUUUGAUACUUUCAUAUCAGGGUUGUUAGCGCCACUUGUAGUGACAAACUGUGGAUUGAAAAUUGAUCUGUUUGAAGUCUUUGAUCUGAAAUUCCUGACAACCAUGUGGUUUAUCAUUGGUGUUAGUUCUUUCACAAAAUUGAUUGUACAUUUUUUCCUGGCAUUGCCUUGCAAAGUGCCUGUCAAAGAUGCUGCUGCUCUUUCCAUCAUUGGAAGUGCCCAGGGAAUCGUCGAAAUGGCUUCAUAUCUGAACAUCUUUGUGAAUCAGGUAAUUGAUAAUACUCGCAGGUACUCUUCAAUAUGGCAAAUGGAUGCUGUAUUGUGCAUGUGUGGCUUGUUGUAG